GUGUGUGUGUGUGUGUGUGUCUGCAAACACCUCUCAUCUAUAUAUCCCACCAUGCCCUCUGCCUCUCUUCCUGGUCUCGAUCAUCUUCUUUACCAAACACUCAAGUCAAACACCAGUCAACAAGAUCUCGUCAAGUUCUCUUAAACUCAACUCUCUUCCAUAAACACAUCACCUUUGGAGACCAACCUCCAUCUACCACACAACCCAACACACAACUCGAAACCCAACUCGAGUAACACAAAACACAACAUGUCGUCCAGAUACAGCACCUCCAAGCCGGUCGUCCACCAGGCCCCGGCCUCCAUCAGCAGCGCCUACUCAGCAUCAACAGGCUCCUACGCCUCAUCAAGAGGCUCCUCAACCCCUCGCUCCAUCUCCCCCGGUGACGAGGGCUACCUCCGCGUCUACGGCGCAGACCAGCACCGGUCUGGCAUCAAACACGGCAGCGGCGUCACCGUCAUCAACCGCAAGCAAUCCGGCUACGACGCCCACGCUCCAUCACCACACUACGGCGGCGGAUACUCGCGCCAAUAGAGCAAGCGAUGCCGAUGCGACUUGCACUCCCAGCGACUAGACGACAACGACUUCAAUUCGUAAAUGCAUAAACCGGCGUUAUUUGGGAAUUUUCGGGCAUAAGCAACUGGGCGGCUUUCGCACUCCUGUACAGCAUAUUGUUACACCGUGAUUGGCCCGCGGAACAACAGCAUUGGAAUUUACGGGAUGCAUGGAUGAUAAUGGGGACCAUGGGAAUGUGGUAUUGUGGGAGCCUCUCCCAAGGAUGGGAGUUGAUACCUGUAUUGUUGUACUCGACGGAUGGGACGGGAGGGAGCCACUGUCAUGUCUAGAUUAGAUGGUUUUUGUUUUACGGGAAAACUACUGGAUCUGCGACACUUUUGUGCUCGCCUGUAGAUCGGUGGUAUCCUGUAAUUCUUCAACAAGUUUUUAUUUCCUUGCA